AUGCUGCACAACAACGCCAGCCACAACAAGGAGCUACGCCACUACAUGCUGCACAACAAGCUACUGCACCACAACGACCACAACAAAGCGCUACACCACUACAUAAUGCACAACAACGCCCGACACAACAAAGCGCUACACCACUACAUGCUGUACCACAGCGACCACAACAAAGCACUACACCACUACAUGCUGCACCACAACGCCAGCCACAACGCCUACCUCAUCAAGAUGUUGCACCACUACAUUCUGCACAAUUAA